UCGAUCAGCUUGCAGCUCAGCUCCUUCACCACCACAAAAUCAACACUCCACUGCUAUCAAUCUUCAAGCAUCACAGAGUUCAGGCAGACCCGUCAGCGGCAUCGUCUCCUCCAACGCGGCGAGAAGAACAGAGUUGCAGAGAGAUCAUGAAUGGCAGGUGCGGUGAAAGCGUCGUGGAUGGUGGCGAUGAGCGUGGGCGCCGUGGAGGCGCUCAAGGACCAGGCCGGGCUCUGCCGCUGGAACUACGCGCUCAGGUCCAUCCAUCGUGCAGCCAAGGCCAAAGCCAACGUCCGUGGCGGCAUCUCCCAGGGCGCAAAGCAGCUUCCGGCUUCCGCAGCGGUGGCGGAGAAGCGACGAGCGGAGAAGGCCGAGGAGGGGCUGAGGACCGUGAUGUACCUCAGCUGCUGGGGUGUUUUCUCCUAGCUCCAGGCUCCAGCCUCUGUUAGAAACCUCUAGCAACAACUUGGCUGGUUAAUUCCCUGCCGAUUGUAAAUACGUAUCAUGAUGAUGAUGAUGAUGAUAAUGAUGAAACCUUUCCCCACUUCAAGUUCACAUUAUCCUGCUUCAGAAAAAGGUUUGAAUUGCCUUUCAAACUGAUCUGUUUGUUUCAAAUUCUUUGGGAAGAUUACUGUUUCGAGUUGGGCACAAGCUUUGCCUGUUGCUCUGUUCGAUGGGCAGAGCAUUGAUCCUGGUCCACAUUUUUC